UACGGCAAACGUGCCCGUUUUUGGCACCAAAUAAGACGUCGUUUCACCUUUCAUUUUCACCAAUCAACUCUGUGAACGCUAAACAAGAUGUAUCGAUAAUUACAAGUUCUUAUGCACAACUUACAACUCCAGUGUCUCCAAUAAAACCCCCUACUCCUUCAUUCCCCAAAAACUCGCUGUUAUCCAGCGGAGGGAAGGGAAAAGAUUCGUUAAUGGAAUAUAAACGCAACCAUUAACAAGUACAAGUAGACUGAUCACGACCUCAGAUUCGUUUCCAUUAUCUGUGUCUUGGUGCAUUUUGCUUUGGCUGGAUCCUCACCGGAUUCCAUGGCUUCCAUCAUCGAAUCUGGUUGGACGUAUUUGAUCACUAAUUUCAGUGACUUUCAGCUGGCUUGCCUUGGAAGUUUUUUGCUUCAUGAAUCUGUCUUCUUCUUAUCUGGACUUCCAUUCAUUUACUUGGAAAGGGCAGGAUGGCUCAGCAAGUACAAAAUUCAGAUGAAGAUCAACUCCACUGAAGCUCAAAGUAAAUGCAUUUCACGGCUUCUGCUGUAUCAUUUUUGCGUCAAUCUGCCUGUUAUGAUUGCUUCCUAUCCCGUCUUUAGAUUCAUGGGAAUGCGAAGCAGUCUUCCAUUGCCAUCCUGGAAAGUAAUGUCGACACAGAUCCUAUUCUAUUUCAUUGUUGAAGAUUUUAUAUUUUACUGGGGACACAGGAUUUUACAUACCAAAUGGCUGUAUAAGCAUGUCCACAGUGUCCAUCAUGAGUAUGCAACACCCUUCGGCUUGACUUCAGAAUAUGCUCACCCUGCUGAAAUUUUAUUCCUUGGUUUCGCUACCAUUUUUGGUCCAGCCAUUACGGGGCCUCAUCUGAUAACCCUUUGGUUGUGGAUGGUAGUGCGAGUUCUGGAGACAGUUGAGGCACAUUGCGGUUAUCAUUUCCCAUGGAGCCCCUCAAACUUCCUUCCUUUAUACGGGGGAUCUGACUUUCACGACUAUCAUCACCGACUUAUCUACACCAAAUCCGGCAACUACUCAUCAACUUUUGUCUAUAUGGACUGGUUAUUCGGUACCGACAAUGGGUACAGAAAACUGAAGGCAUUGAAGAAUGAAGAGGAAGAAGGGGGGUAUAAAGAGCAUUAGCAGAAUGAAUGAUAAAAGGUCCCUUCUUUUACUGAUUGUGAUGUUUGUUUGUCAUUGCUUUUUCUGUUGUCUGUGUUUUAACCAUAACAAGAAAUUGCAGAACCUUUCAAAGACCAUUCUCCUGGUUAUUUCACAUGACACAUUUUUAUUUACAAUAUAUAACUUUUUAAACAUUAUUUAUUAGAUAAAAUAAA